AUGGCCCGUGGUGCCAGCAUUACUCAGAGGACUAAGGAGCAAAAUUUCACACCACUGCUCUGGGCAGCAGCAGGUGGACAUUUCCAGGCCACAAAGUCCUUGCUGGAGGCCGAUGCAGACGUUGAGGACCGAGACUUCGAAGAUCGAACCCCGUUGAUGUGGGCAGCACGCCACGGUCAUUUAAAUGUGGUGAAACUUUUGCUCAGAUUAUGUCCAGAUCUCACACAUCGGGACAAGCAAGGGUUUGCUGCACUCGACCAAUGUCGAGAGCACCUGGAGAUGCGUGCAGCUGUGAUUAUGGCACAAGAACAAUGCAUUCGGCUGGCUGAUGGAGCCCAGCGCAAUGAUCUUCAGGUGGUGGAGCACCUUCUUGAACGUGGGGCAAUGCCUCGCUACAAGGACGCUGGUGGCUGGACUCCCUUGACUUGGGCAGUGCUGCAUGGCUCCGCAGAGAUGGCACAUGUGUUGGUGCGUUACGGGGCUUCUCCGGAGCUUUUAGGGGAAGAUUCUGAGCUCGGUAGCCAGUUGUCAAGAAAAGGUCGACAAGUGGGUGCACGCCUGGCCGCGGUGCUGGGGGCCAACACCCGAUUGCUGCAUGCUGCGCAGGCGUCAAAUUUCACAGCAGCUGAAGCAGCCCUGGACCAGGGGGCGUGUCCGAAUGCAAAGCAGGGACACGACGGUGGUGGAGGAGGGCAAGCACAACGGGAAGGCAAGACCACUGUUGCGGACCGGCAGGAUGAAAUCAUCGCUGGUGCAGAAGAAGCGGCACUUUGCGGUGAAGAGCCAAUUGGAGAAGGCUCUGGUCGGCACAUGACUGCCACAAUGUGGGCAGCUCGACAUGGUCAUGCAGAUCUUGUCAGACUGCUCGGGUUGCACAAGGCCGACAUGAAUUUACGCGAUGCGCGGGGAUGGACUGCAGCCCUCUGGGGAGCUCUGAAGGGUGAUGCUGAGACCAUCUCUGUUUUGCACUUCUUCAAGGCCGACCUGCAGCAACGAAGCUGGGAAGGUGAUUCCACGAUCCAUCUUUGUGUCCGCUGUGACCACGCUGCAGCUUUGCAGCUGUUGCUUGCUGCUGAAGCCAACGUAGAGGAGAAGAGUAUUGACGGCAACGCACCCUUGCACUGUGCAGCGUUGUUUGGUAGUACCAAAGCCAUGAAUGUGCUACUUCACUUUGGCGGCAAAGUCAGUACAAAGGACAAGGUAGGCCGGCUUCCCAUGUUCAUCGCUGCAUGUGGCACGUCUCCAAAGGCUUGCGAGGUGUUGGCAGCAAGCGAGCUGGAGGAUUUACCAGAAUUGCCGGUAGAGCUGCCAGAAGAAGCUCCGGAGGCACCUGCGCGAAGCAAGGAUGGGAAGGCUGGUAAUCAGAAGCAAAAGGAAAAGGAGCAGAAGAUCAUCUCCAGCAGUGCCAGCACUUCAACACUUGGGCUCGGGAACACCAGCACAAGUUUAUUUGACAGAGAUCAAAACAGGAACCGUGCCCGCGGACGAAAGAAUACAACUUCAAGCCAGGGACGACUUCCAGCAAACAACAGUGACUUUAUGGCAGAAGAGUCUGAGGCAGUGACGCUCUCAGCGUCACGGAGGAGCUCGAACACACGGUCCAAUCCGACGUCGGAUCCGACGUCGAGAAGAUCCUCCUUUGAAGCGGCGAAGGGCCGACCGCCCCAGGAGGGAGGCCGAAGACCGUCUCAGAAGGGACUCCGCUCUGGAUCUGGGGCACCAUCCAAAGAUGAGACCUCUACCGUCACCUUCUCGGAUGGUGGUUUGUUCUCCAAAGAGAUGCCAACGUCAAAGGAUGAGGGCUGGGCCCUGAUUGGCCAAGAGUUGCUCAUUGCCGCGGCACAAAAACGAAGAGCCAAGAUGGCCAAGCCUGUCAAAGGCCCAGGGCCGCAGCGGCUCCUUGAUGUCAAUGAGAAGGGCAUGAGUCCUCUUCAUUUCUCAGUAGCAGCUGGACAGUCUCUAGGCCACUUCAAGGUGCUGAGCAAACUCGUUGACUUGAAGGCCAGCUGCAACAUCAAGGACCGUCACGGCAUGACACCUUUAAUGGAGGCAGCUGCAGCCAACUACGCAGAGGCGGUGGAGAAGAUGCUGCGAGAAGAGUCCACCAAUGUUGGAGACAAGGACAAUAGAGGCAGAACUGCUGCAGAUUUUGCCAAGUCCUUCCCAAGCCUUCGCUUGAUGCUGGAGAGAGCCAUUGUUCAAGAAAGGACAGGGAUGCAACGAAAGAGCAUAGGCUUCCACGAUGUGCCCAUUGCACAGCCUGCCCAGGAUUUGGAGAAGGAUGAUGCGAUUUUCAGAGUCAGGAUGGAGAAGCUUCCAACCAGGAUGACACUAGAGGAUCUUGAAAGGAAGAUUCACAUCUUGCUGAAAAAGGCCGUUGUGAAGCCAGUCCAUAUGGAGGUUGUCAUGGAUCCCAUCAUGGGGCGCCCUCGCGGUCAUUGCUUCAUCGAUUUUUUGGACUCAAGGUCCUCCAACAAGGCCAUGGAGUUGGAUGGCUCUGAACUGGCGGGUCAGCGAAUCCGGAUGUUCCGAGAUGUGGCAUUGGCUAUGGUAAGAUGA